AUGGCUCCAGGAGCUCGGCCUGUUGCGACUGACUCGGUUUCAGAACUGAUCAAAAAGUGCCAGAAGGCCGCGAGUUCCAAGCAGUACAAUGUCGCCCUGGACAUUGCCAACACAGCCGUGCAGGCCUUCGAACGCGACCGAAGCGUGUCUCUCCAGACUCGAGUGACUCUUCUAGACCUUCGAACUGCUCUGCAUAUCCGCAUUGAAGCGUAUGACCAGGCAUCGAAGGAUGCGAAAAUGAUGAUUCGCCUGGACCGCGCCGAUGGUCGGGGCUAUAUCCGAUGUGGGCAGAUUGAACGUCGCAAAGGCAAUAGAACUAUGGCCGUCACCUUCUAUGAACAUGGAAUAAAGCAUGUUGCCGCCUCGGAUCAAUAUUCUCAGCUGAUUGCGAAGGAGUUGGCCGCAGUCAAGGACGAAUUGAGGGUCAUGACUCUCCUCUCCAAGGCCAAGGACCCCAUGACAACUCUGCCUCUGGAGGUAGUUGAAAUCAUCCUGUCCAAUGUUCCAUACAAGCAGCAUGUCCAAAUGUUGCGAGUCUGCAAAGCAUGGAACCGGCUGCUCUGCUCUAUGAGUCCAUUGACAGACACGCUUGCUUUUCCAGACGCGAAAAGGCCUGUUACGCCCAAGAUGCUCCACACGGCCCUUAAACGACUGAGAGAACCAAGAAGAAUCUCCUCUCGCCAUGUGACUGCGGCAUCGUCAGAGAUCCUUGCCAGGCACCUGCAAUUUUGGCACCGCCUUCCAGAACUACAGCACCUCGAGAUUGAUGACAAGUGGAUUCCAAUCUCAGACCUUCCGUUGUCAAGAUAUGGAUUGAGGAGCAUCAUAUUUGGCGCUGAGACGGCCAUAUCCUUCGACCUUGUCCCUGCUAUAUUGAAAGAUUGUCCUAAUCUGGAAAUCGCACAAUUCAAACAUGUGACGGGUUCUCGGCGUGGAGAAACUUACCUCGACCGGAAGUCUCUCCAGUUGCAAUCUGAAAAUCUUCAAGUAUUGAAUAUUGACGUUCACGCACCGAUGGUUGUAGAGUUUGAGCAUACUAUGCUGUUCUCGGGCCUACCAAGUUUGAAGUCACUCUCUUGCAUGGGUCUGUCCUGCUUUGAGGGUUCAGUGGCGACGAAAACAGUCGAUCUUCGCCACAUGAAGCAACUGGAGAAGCUAGAACUGGAACGCUGUACAAUGCCACUUAUUAUGCUUCCUCCAUCCCUCCGGAAGCUGCGAUUCACUGAAAUCAUUUUCGAGGAAGACUCCCUUCAAAGCAGCCGACUCGCUCUUCCGCGACGGCCUAGACCGGAGUACACCCAGCUGGAGAAUUUGGAGAGCCUCGUCGUCUAUGAUUGCCCGGUGUACCCUAUGUUUAUUCAGUAUCCUGCCAAGACGACGGCGCCUGGCAGGUUAGAGGAGUUCAUCAUCAGCACCAGUGAGGAUGCAGUCCCUAUCUACAGGGUACUGUUCCAUACUGGCUGGUCCAGGGGCUUCAAGCGCGUUCACGUCAAAGGCGGGUGUGUCGAAGAUAUUGACCACGAGAUGUUCCUCGAACAUUGCCCUGCACUCGAAGAAUUGUGCCUUGACAGCGCCAAAAUCACAGGGGUAUUCAUCACCGGUCUCCUUCGGGCGAAUCCGCCGAAGUUGCGCAAGAUAACCUUGAAGAAUUGCGAGCAGGUCUCGUCCGACGUAGUCCCGUGGGCUAAACCUCGGGGUGUGGAGGUCAGACUCAUUCGCGGUGGCCAAGAGUUGCGUGGGCGACGAGUGCGUUACUGGGACUGA